GAGCGGACAGAUGUCCCAGGUCGACGUUGCGACGCGUGCGGGGUGGCGCGUGGCGUCGUGUUCGGUGGCGUGGUACGGCACGCACGGUGCGCCCCCUGAUGCGGGGUGGGCAAGUAUUGAUUGGGUCGGCUCGUUGGUCGGCGUCUGUGUCCAGAGUGCAAGAAGAGAGGGUGGCGGAAUCGGCAGGCGCCAUCACGCGGGGCCACCGCGACCGUCGUCUGAAGGGCCGUCCAGCCAGUGGCCGCGAUCUCGAUUCAUCGAAAAGAUGGUCAUGAUGGCUGGCAUGGACGACCACGAGCGCAAAGUCGUCCUCGAGUUUUGCCACUUGCUUGAGAAGAGCAAGCAGCUGUUCAACGGGUUACGGGAUCUGCCACAAUACGGACACAAGCAGUGGCAGGGCUACUUCGGGCGCACCUUUGACAUCUACACGAAGCUGUGGAAGUUUCAACAACAGCACAGGGCGAUACUAGACACAAAGUACGGCCUGAAGAGGUGGCAGAUCGGCGAGAUCGCGAGCAAGAUUGGCCAGCUUUACUACCACUAUUACCUUCGUACCAGCGAGACCAGCUAUCUUCACGAGGCCUACUCGUUUUACGUGGCAAUCCGUGGCCGCGCUUACUACAGCCGCGCCGCUAAGGAGGAUAGGAGCGACCUGAUGGUCAAAAAGCUCAGGUACUACGCCCGUUUCAUCGUUGUCUGCCUGUUGUUGAAUCGGAUGAAGCUCGUCCGUGAAUUGGUCCAAGAACUGGACGCCCAAAUCGCCGAUUAUACCAGCACCUACGAGCCGGACGAUCAGCUCGAGUGGAACUUGGUGCUUGACGAGAUUAAGGCGUUCGUGAAGGCCGAGUCGGCCGUCGGAGUGGUGCACUCAGACUCGAACCCGGUGAUACUAACCCACAGGCUAGGGCCGCAGACUUCGCCGCCAGUGGAACGUACGCCACCCAUGUGCCUAUCCCUACAAGAGAUCCUGAUCGUCGGCAAUUGCGCCGAUCAGGUGAAGUUCAGUGAAUUGUCGAUGGACAUGUUCAGGAUGCUGCAAACGCUCGAAAGGGAGCCGAGGGACGACCCUAAUCACCUCCACGACGCGUCGCCAGCUGGAAGGAUGCCGUUCAGGCCUGGCGCGUAUCCGGGGGCAGAAAACGGGGCCCCGAGACGGGACAAUCCACACAAGUACCUGUUGUACAAGCCCACCUACAGCCAGGUACAGGUAUUCCUCGCGAGUGGUUUCAAGGAGCUGCCCGCAAACGGAGCGCUGUUGCUCUACUUGUCGGCGGACGGCUGCUUCUCCACCGUCAAGCAUCCGGAAGAAAUGGGGUACGACCUGGGUGGCGUAUCCACGUGCAGCAAGAGGGAUCCGGAGCAUGGCAAAAGGCCGACAGGUGGCAAGGAACCGCACUGCCUAUAUCCGGGUGACCUCUAUCCGUUCACCAGGAAACCUCUAUUCGUGGUCGUCGACUCGGACAACAGCUUCGUGUUCCAACAGAUACCCCGUUACUUCGGUCAACCAUUGAUGGUGCUGAUGUCACCCCAGGACACGCCGCCUACGUUGCGCGAUGUUCGACACGGUGGCAGCCUAUUCACUCUGUUUCUCCACGCCCCCCUAGCCGCGUUUUGCCUUAUAUGCAACAUCGGCAGCCUGGCCGUGCACCACUGGGAGCGGUGCCAGCGUUACAUCGAGCGAUUCCUCAUCGAGGCCUGUCAGCUCGUCACGCGCUCCAGAUGCGGGGUCGACAGCAGAGGCCCCGUUGCCAUCCACCGUUACCGGACGCGGACGUCCUCGAGCAUCCCACCCUUCAUCACCUGGUGCUCGACCUGGCCACCUGUCUUGACUGCCGCGACCACUUCCCGGACAGCAACGAGCUCGCCUGACCCAGGCAUCUUCCCUGCCGGGCCCCCCAUGAGUCUACGUCCCUGUUGCCGGCGUACAGCCACGACUACGAUUACGAUUACUGUAACUACAAUUGCAACAAUAAAAUCGUUACACUGAGACCUCAUUAAACCGCGUCUAAACAAAAGAAAGGGGACGAGGACAAAAAUGAGAACUGGAAGGAGAAAAAAAUAACUGGGAAUGAGGAAAAAGUUACGAUAAACAAGAAGAACGGAACUAUUCGCGUGUAUCCACGCGCAUGCGCAUCGUCGCUCGAUAAAUCGCACGGUCGUAAACGAUCCGCUCGUUGGAUAUCGUCGACGCCGUCUCAGGGUAACCCGGUGUCGUGCUUUUCAUCGUCUUCGUCGUCGUCGUCGUCGUCGUCGUCGUCGUCGUCGUCGUCGUCGUCAUCGUCGUUGUCGUCUUUGUCGUCAUUCUCGUCGUCUGUUCGUCGAUGACUGUUGAUUCCCUGUCGGUCGGUUUUGUCGGUCGAAAGGAGGCUGGUCGAAACACACGCGAUGCCGGGUACAACGCGUUCUUUCUCAGCGUGCGUGAGACACGACUGCGGAAGAGGUGGUGGAGGAGUAGGAGAAGGAGGGGAACAUGAGAAAAAACGAAGGAAAGAAUUCGUAGAUUCGUGUUCUCCUUAGACUCGUUCUAUGUUAAUCGCGACACACCGCUGCCAGUUUUUUGCUACGGACUAGUAAA